AUGGAGAAAUCACCCCUCAGCCGGCUGUCCGGAGAGCUGCGAAACAUGAUCUAUAAGUAUGUCCUAUACGAGCCCAAGGGGAUUCCAGUCUUUGUGGGACCCCAGCAGGUCAAGUAUACACCGUACGGCAAACGCGAGCUUGCAAGCUCGAAGCUUGAAUUUGGUGUCAGAAAGCCGGCUUUUCUGGGUUUGUCUUGGACUUGUAGGGCUCUUCGGAAGGAGACAAGGGGCAUCUAUCGGUCUGUCAACGACACGAUCGAGUUCUACCGCGCCGUUGACGAUACAAUCGGUUAUCAUUCGGGAAGGACAGGCUUUCAACUAGCUCCUGCUCGCCCUAUGGGUCGACUGGCAGAUAUCUUCGGUGUCAAAAGCGCGUGGGAGAUUCGACGCCUUCGUCUCCAUAUCGCGCAGAUUGAUCUGGAGAUCAAGAGUGCCGUUGGAUUCUUGAAUGUCCUGGACAUCGUUCGGUUUUUAAGAUGCUUCAAGGCCAACUUCCACCCUGAAGCAUCGAUGAGCUUAGUUCUUGACACAGCCUUCUAUUCCGGGCGACCGGGUGGCAACAGGAGAAAGAUAAGCAUCGAAGUUGAUCUGAGAAAUCUGGAAGAAGCAAGGACAGAAGUCCGAAAGCUCGGCCACCAAGUCUAUCGUGGGCACUUCAGGCUAUUUCCCGAGCAUUGCAUCGAAGACCGUGCGUGGGGCCUGGACUGUGGAUGCAUUGACAGAGCUUAUGACGAGCUUAAUAGAUUCCUCACGCGUUUAGAGGGCUAUAUGCCUGGGCUGUGA